AUGGGUAUAUCCAAGGAGGUUGUGCAAAGGGAAAGAGAACUAAAAAUUAUAAAGGAGGAUGACAUGACGAAGCCCAAGAAGUCAAAACUUGUUCCCACUCCUCUGAAGCAAGCCAAGCAAAGACAGUCUCAGUCUGGACCUACUUCUAGUGUGCAAAAGCCCAUUCCUUCACCCAAAUCACAAUCAACAUCAUCAACCGGUGGGGCAGAGAAGAGGAAGAAGGAGAAACCUCAAAGAGUGUAUGUUGCUACCACUGGUGAGAACAUAGAGACUGAAUCUGAUAAAGUAGUGAAAGAGGAACCUCUGAUUAUAGAAGUGUCAGAGAAAGAAACUAAGGAGACAGUGAAUGUGGAGAAUGCUGAGGAUUAUGAUGAGAAAGGAGGAAAUGAUGAGAGUGUUGAGGCAGGUGAAAAAGGAGAGAAGGAGAAAGAUCAGGCUCCAACAAUAGUGGCAAGAGAUACUGGUGUUGAUAAAGGGAAACAAAUUGCUACCAAUUCAAAUGAUUUUGGUCAAGGGCCUAUAGAUAUAAGCUAA